GAAAUGUUCCGUCGUUUGACCUCUAUUGACAACAAAUAUCUUUCACUUUUUAAAAAUGCUCUUGAACAUAUUGACAGUGGGAAGAUUGGGAAGAUUUGUUGGCUUGACGUUCCAAGAGAAGUGAAAGUGUUCAAUAACACUGGUCUUAAUGCCGUUUCUCAAGGCAAAUUGGCUGUUAUUUUACUUGCUCGUGGACAACACUAUCGCUUUGGAUCUUCUCUUCCUAAACGAAUUAUGGAACUGGGCCUUGAAAUGGAAACUGGACUUGAUAAGAAAGCCGAUUGUCAUCUGCUUUUACAAGUUUGUCAUGUCAGCCAUAUUCAACAGGAAACUGAGGGAAAUUCUAAGUGGAUGAUAAUGACAGACAAAUCUGGCUGGGAGAAGAUUCGGAAACAAUUAGACGAAGUUUUGGAGAAAACAAAUUUGACCUGGGAUCAAGUGGAAGUAUUUGUCCAAAAUGAAAAUCCUGCACAGGAUUUUGGUGGAAAGAUUCUUUUAUCUUCGCCCGAUCAGUCAGCUACUGCACCAGGUGUAGAUCGCUCUUCAACGUGUAAGAGUGAUUUUGCAAGAAGAAAUGAGGAAAUUUUUAUUUGA